GGCCCAGCAUUCCAAGCCAAGAAACCAGAGAAGGCAAUGCUGAAAAAACCCGCAUGAAAGACAAGAAAGACGGAAUAAGCUGUGGAGAUGGAUUGCUGAGUUGUGAAAGCAGAGGAUAAGUAAUUGAUGCCACCACACCAAGUCACGGGUGUCUUUUACUCUCUCUCUCUCUCGCUCGCUUUCCCCCCACAAGCGACUGCUGCUCGAGCGCACAAUUAAAGAAUCGACUAAUCCCCCCAUCCUGCUCUCUCUCUCUCUCUCGUGACAUUCCUUCCUUGUUUCUUUUGCUAUUCUCUUCUCUUUUCCAAGACGCGCGCGCUCGCACUCAUACAUCAAUGGGAAGGGCAGCAGCUUGGCGGAGGCCUUUCAUUUUCCUUGUUCUUCUCCUUCCAUUGUGCUCGGCGGUUGAUGUGACGUACGACCACCGGGCGCUGGUGAUCGAUGGGGCUCGCCGGGUGCUCAUCUCCGGCUCCAUCCAUUACCCCCGCAGCACCCCGGAGAUAUGGGCGGGUCUGAUCGACAAUGCCAAGAACGGCGGGCUGGACGUCGUCGAGACCUAUAUCUUCUGGAACCUCCACGAACCCGUCCGGAACCAGUACGACUUCGAAGGGAGGAAGGACGUGGUGACGUUCGUGAAGACAGUCGCGGAGGCCGGGCUUUACGUUCAUCUCCGGAUUGGCCCUUACGUCUGCGCCGAGUGGAAUUACGGGGGAUUCCCGCUCUGGUUGCAUUUCAUCCCCGGGAUCAAAUUCAGGACCGACAACGAGCCUUUCAAGAGGGAGAUGCAGCGCUUCACGGCGAAGAUCGUCGAUAUGAUGCAGCAGGAGAAGCUGUAUGCAUCCCAAGGUGGACCCAUCAUCUUAUCUCAGAUCGAGAACGAGUAUGGGAACAUCGAUGCAGCGUAUGGUUCGGCCGCCAAGCCUUACAUCAAUUGGGCCGCAUCCAUGGCCACCUCUCUAGACACGGGCGUGCCCUGGGUGAUGUGCCAGCAAUCCGAUGCCCCUGACCCCAUAAUCAACACUUGCAAUGGGUUUUACUGUGAUUCAUUCACUCCGAACUCCGACAAGAAGCCCAAGAUGUGGACGGAGAACUGGAGCGGAUGGUUCCUGUCUUUUGGUGGUAGAGCGCCAUAUCGACCGGUUGAGGACCUUGCAUUUGCUGUCGCCCGUUUUUUCCAACGUGGUGGUACCUUCCAAAACUACUACAUGUAUCAUGGUGGAACCAACUUUGGACGCACAUCUGGGGGGCCAUUUAUUGCCACGAGCUAUGACUAUGAUGCUCCAAUUGAUGAGUACGGAAUUAUUAGGCAACCUAAGUGGGGUCACCUAAGAGAUCUACACAAAGCAAUAAAGCUUUGCGAAGCAGCAUUGGUAGCAACAGAUCCAACAAACACUUCUCUUGGUCCAAAUUUGGAGGCACACGUGUACAGGGCAGGGUCAGGGGUCUGUGCAGCAUUUCUUGCCAAUAUUGGCACCCAGUCUGAUGCAACUGUUACUUUUAAUGGCAAAUCAUAUCAUUUACCUGCAUGGUCUGUGAGCAUCCUGCCUGAUUGCCGGAACGUUGUCUUCAAUACUGCUCAGAUUAACUCUCAAGCUACUCAUUUGGAGAUGAGAUAUCUAACAUCCAAUAGUCAAGAUUCAGAUCAACCCAUUGAUUCCUCUAAAGCAUCUCAAUCAGACUGGAGUUUUGCCGUUGAACCUGUUGGUAUCUCAAAGAGCAACGCCUUCACAAGAAGCGGAUUACUGGAGCAGAUAAAUACUACUGCUGAUGUUAGUGAUUAUCUAUGGUAUUCAAUAAGAAUUGAUAUCAAAGGUGAUGAACAGUUCCUUUCGAAUGGUACUCAAUCUAAUCUUCAUGUGGAAUCACUUGGCCAUGUUGUUCAUGCAUUUGUGAAUGGGAAACUAUCAGGCAGUGGGAUGGGCAAUAGUGGUAAUGCAAAGGUCACAUUGGAGAAGCCUAUCACACUUGUACAAGGAAAGAACAAGAUCGAUCUUUUGAGUGCAACUGUUGGCCUACAGAACUAUGGUGCAUUUUUUGAUUUAUGGGGUGCUGGAAUUACUGGUCCUGUGAAGCUGAAGGGCCAAGAUGGCACAAAAGAUCUAUCUUCAGAUGAAUGGACAUAUCAGAUUGGACUUAAAGGGGAAGAGUUGGCUUUGUAUGAUGGCUCUAAGGAUUCAUCACAAUGGGUCUCACAGCCUACCUUGCCGAAGGGUCAACCAUUAAUAUGGUACAAGACAAACUUUGAUGCUCCUGAGGGCAAUGAUCCGAUCGCAAUAGACUUCAACUGGAAUGGGAAGGGUGAGGCAUGGGUGAAUGGGCAGAGCAUUGGGCGCUAUUGGCCAACAUAUAUCUCUUCGAGAAAUGGCUGUGCCACAUCAUGCAACUAUAAAGGGACUUACAAUUCUGACAAAUGUCUAAAGAAUGUUGGAAAGCCAUCACAGCUUAUGUAUCAUGUUCCUCGUUCGUUUAUUCAACCAGGCAGUAAUACACUGGUUCUUUUUGAGGAGAUGGGUGGAGAUCCAACCAAAAAUUCAUUUGCUACAAGGCAGACUGGAAGCUUAUGUGCGCAUGUAUCAGAAUCACAUCCAUCACCCAUAGAUGCCUGGAUCUCUUCACAAACAGAGGUAGAGAGAUUGGGGCCAGUACUCCACUUGGAAUGCCCAUAUCCCAAUCAGGUCAUAUCUUCGAUCAAGUUUGCAAGUUUUGGGACUCCACAUGGCUCAUGUGGAAGGUACAACCAUGGCAAUUGCGAAAGUGAUAGCGCCCUUGCUGUUGUGCAGCAGGCUUGCAUCGGGGCCAAGAGUUGCGGCAUUGGAGUCUCGACAAAGAUGUUUGGGGAUCCGUGUAGAGGAAUUACUAAAAGCCUUGCAGUUGAAGCUGCAUGCUCUUGAUAGGAAUGCUGCUGAUGGGCGCCAAACCAAAUGGGGGGCAAAGCUUCCCUUGAAGGUGCACACACGAGAAAAAGAGGAAAUGUGUUGAAUAACAAUUGAAAAAGAUCGAAGCAUUAAUGAUGAAAUGGAAAUAUCAGAUUUCACAAUGCUCUCGCAGUUUCUAAAAGUUCAUGGAUGCAUUUUUUUU